UAAAAUGGGGAACUAUAAGUGCAAAAAUUUCAUUGUGAUACUAUCCUUUUAUUAUUUAUUCAUUUUCACCAAACAAUUCAAUUCCAAGUCUUUCUCUCUCUAGAUUUAUUAUUAAUUCCCUCUUUCUCUCUUAAAUAUGGAAGGCAACUCCAUAUUCUCAUCUUCCACUAACUCCUCAAUUUCAUCACCGACUAAAACUAAUUUUCCAUUCUCACUAAACCAAGCAGCAUCAACCCUUGAUCAUCAUGAUUAUCUUCAUGAAGAUCAUGAUCAUCAUGGAUCAUUGAUGAUGAUGAUGAUGGGUGGUGACCAACAACAUGUACAAAGCAUUCAACCUCCCUUAAUAAAUACUGUUCAUGAAUCUAAUCACCUUAUGAUGAACACUUAUCAUGAUGAUCAUGAUCAUCAUCAUGGGAAUGAUAAUGAUCAUCAUAACAAGUGUAUUUUUAUGGAUAAUAAUAAUAAUAAUGAUAAUCAUAGUAAUAAUAAGUUGAUUAAGAAAGGAUCAACGGUAGGGAAGAAGGGAAAGAAGCAUAGAUAUGCAUUUCAAACAAGAAGCCAAGUUGAUAUUCUUGAUGAUGGUUAUAGAUGGCGUAAGUAUGGUCAAAAAGCUGUAAAGAAUAACAAAUUUCCAAGGAGCUACUACAGGUGUACUUAUCAAGGAUGCAAUGUGAAGAAACAAGUUCAACGUCUUUCAAAUGAUGAAGGAGUUGUUGUUACUACUUAUGAAGGAAGUCAUUCUCAUUCUAUUGAAAGAUCUACCGAUAAUUUUGAGCAUAUUUUAAGUCAAAUGCAAAUUUACACUUCUUGAUUCAUUUUGGUUGAGAAUUAAAUAUUAUCUCAAUUGAAGAUCAAAAGUCAUUUUUCAAAAAGGUGUUGAGUUUAAUUCUCAUCUAGUCCAUUUUAACUGCUUACCUUGUAAUCAAAAAAAAUUCUUAUUAGAGUUGAGUCACGUACAAAAUAUAUAAGUACUAUUGAGAACUCUAAUAAUUUUAUAUGCAAAUGCAUGUAAGUAUAUAUUUGUAACAAGAUGAGAUUGCUUUAGAUUUAUUUUUUGAAACUGUGAAUCGUCUUAAUUAAAAGUUUAUUCUUAUUGCGGAAAAUUCUAAACUAAUUUUAU